AUGGGGAUGGGCAACAACCUCAGGUGCUGCUUGGCUUGCGUCCUCCCCUGCGGCGCCUUCGACGUGGUUCGAGUCGUCCACCUUGACGGCCAGGUCGAGGAGUACUACAGCCGCCGCCACGUCUCCGCCGGGGAGAUCAUGGCGGCAAACCCCGACCACUUCCUCACCCGGCCAUGCUCUCGGGGCGUGGCGCGUCGGACCUUGGUCGUCCCGGCGGAGUCGCAGCUCGAGCGAGGCCACAUCUACUUCCUCGUUCCCACCUCGACAUCGCCGACGCAGCGGAAGCAGAAGAAGAGCGAUAGGCGAGAGAAGCCUGCGAAGAACGCACCGAGCAUCGAUGUCGCGCCAAGUGAGGACCACGGUUGCCUGGCGGCGGAGAAGAAGCCACGCCGCUGGAGCGAUCGGGUCGGAGCAUGGCGGCCGCGUCUGGAGAGCGUUCGUGAAGAGAACUCAUGA